GCUUCUCGAUAUCCUAUAGUAGAGCAAAGCGCAACAAGCAAAAUUCCAUGAUGAACGUCAUCGACGGCAAAGGCAUUGCCGUACUCGGUGCAGGCCUGUCUGCUAUCGUUGAGCUUCGGAGCGAUGGACUUGUCAUAAAAUCACCUUGGCCUGAUUGGCGAGCACAACAAAGCCAAGCGGAUCUGGAGCGAGAGGCACACGCCCACUUCAAACUUCAAGAGGCUCUGUCGAAGGAGAACUAUAGAAGGCGAUUUAUUCGAUUAAUCUCGUACCAUCCGGAUGACUCGACAAUAACAAUGGAGUAUGCGGAAAAUGGCACGCUACGCGACUAUCUUCAAAAGCAAGCACACGUAGGCCAGACUGACAAAUCGCUACGAUACUCUUGGAUUCUUGCGAUGACGGAAGGACUUGCGAUGCUACAUACGCAAGGCAUCAUUCAUUGCGAUUUUACACCAAACAACAUGCUCCUAGACCAUCGUUUGGAGCUCAAAAUCACGGACUUCGGAUGCAGCUCGAUUGAUGGGUCCCAGUCUACUGGUACUGCAGGAGCACGUUUCGACCCGGGCAAUAGCCAUUGGAGUACUCCAGCAACAGAAGAGGACGACCUUUUCGCGCUUGGUUCAAGCAUCUAUGAGGUGCUUACUAGCAAAAGACCCUACGAGGAUAUACCAUCGGAUCAGGUUCGCUUUCUGCACAGGCAGCGUCAGUUCGAAGACCUUACUGGACUCGAGAUGUCGGAGAUCAUCUUGGACUGUUGGCUUCUAAGGGCACAUUCAGCCGAGGCAGUCUACCAAAGAGUUCUCGCGGCGGGUUCUGCAUUAUAGCGAAGCAUGGCGCAGCAAUAAAUAGACAUCAGAGGAAAACAAGGUCACCAUUCUGACCGCUCUAGUCGAGGUGCUUCUUCUGCAUUCUGAAGUGGUCGUUCCCAUCCACUCUUCAUUCACUCUCAGCUAUCUUUGAGAAUAACCCUCGUCCCUGCAGUUUGGGCACUGAUCCCGUACCGUCGUUGACCCUGCGAACGACGACUUGAGAGCGUCGCCAGUGCAUGAAGUCUGGCCAGGUCGACUUAAGGCUGCUGAGCACUUCACGAGGUCACGCGAUGUUCGGCUAUGCUCCGCCGUUCUGUUGCAGCCGCGAUAAUGU